AUGUACAUAGACACGAGUACAUCGUGUUCUUUUCCUUCGAUAUUCGGCAUUGUCUUCGCGCCUAUGGCUUUGUGUAGGCUUCGUUGCCUGUGCUGGGCUCUUGCGUCUAGACGACGGUGUUGGGCAGGAAGGUGCCUGGCGUUUGACAUGGCUGGUUUUGAAUCCAUUUACGAGGCGUUGAUAGGCUCCAAUAUGGCCUUGUGCCUUUCGUUCUUGUGA